CUGAGACAGGUCUCCCCCUGCUGUCAGUUCGAGGCAUGGCGGCUGGUGUCGUUGCAGCCCUCUCCUCCUCUGUCAGCUCCGUGGGGAUGUACCUGCUAACGGCCCGGCUCCUGGGAGUCCCCCCUCCCCCCGCUGCAGCCUGUAACAGAGGCCUUGGGUCCCAGGGUCUUGGCAGUGUGGUGGCUGGCCUGAUGGGGGCGCCACUGGGGCUCAGCAGCAGUGUCCCCAACACCUGUACUCUUGGACUCAGCCAGUCUGGGUCAAGGUGGACAGUGCAACUGACAGCCAUCUUGGGACUGGCCCUAGGAGUGUCGCCUCGACUGACACAGAUCAUCACUUCUGUCCCCUUGGCCAUCUACGGUGCUCUUCUCAGUGUAACGUACACUAUUGCCGUGGCUACAGGUGUGAGGUACUUCCAGUUUACACACAUCGACUCUGGACGUAACAUCUUCAACAUCGGCUUGGCUGUCUUCAUGUCUCUGGUGUUGCCUCACUGGUUCCGCAUGCAGACCGUCUUUAUUAACACUGGUAUGGUCAGUGUUGAUGUCCUUCUCCAUUCUCUUCUGACCUCACCUGUGCUCCUGGUGGGCAUCCUGGCUUUCCUAUUGGACAAUACAGUAUCAGGGUCUUCAUCGGAGAGAGGACUUGACUCAGUGGAGAUGGAGAAGACAGGAUGGACGUCAGUCAUCAGUGAGCCAGGGUAUCACCAGGAAGUGGAGUUAAUUUACGAGUCCCCUUAUCUCCUGAGAAGACUGUGGAAGUUACCUUGGUUCAGGACGACGCCCUUCUCUGCCUGUCGGAUCACAGAUGAUGGAGACGUGCUGCAGAGUCCCGUCGGAGGUCUCGUUUUAAAAAGUUAAAGUUGUGUUGGUAUUGAUAUGCAAAGACAAGGGACUGUGGACAAUAGACAUAAUAUGCUAUUAGCUAAUGAUGUAUAUACAAACAUAUUAUCGCGUAUAUGCCAUACUGUCUAUGAAAUGCACUGUGUGUCGACGCAGUUAGUGACCUGAACAGAGUUGGCUUGUGUGAUAGUGGGGGUUGUAUUGGUGGAGUAUUGGCAUAGCUGCAGCAAGAUGGUUUGAGUUGGGGGUGUCCUUUAUAAUCAA